AUGACACGAGCAAAUAUGCAGAUCGAAACUGACGCCAUCGUUAUUGGUGGCGGUUUCGGAGGCUGCAACUCCCUCUACAAGCUCCGCAAUCUCGGUCUCUCCGUGAAGUUGAUCGAAGCCGGAAGUGAUUUCGGUGGUGUAUGGCACUGGAACCGUUACCCAGGCGCCCGUGUUGACAGCGAAAUGCCAUCGUACCAGUUCAAUAUCCCUGCAGUGUGGAAAGGGUGGAAUUGGUCCCAGCGGUUCCCUGGCGAUGAGGAACUACGUCGCUACUUUCGGCACGUGGAUGAGGUUUUGGAGUUGAGUAAGGAUGCUUUUCUCAAUACUGUUGUCACCAGUGUGAAGUAUGAUGCUUCCUUAAAACAUUGGGUUGUGAAUACCAAUACUGGUCUUGAAGCUACGUGCAAGUACCUUAUUGCUGCGACGGGGUCUUCGUACAAGAAGCAUUACCCGCAGUUCCCGGGCCUCGAUCGGUAUGCUGGAAAACUUGUCCAUGCUGCCGAUUAUCCCGAGUCUCUGGACAUCAAGGGCAAACGGGUUGGCGUCAUCGGCAAUGGAGCCUCAGGUUUGCAGAUUGUACAAGAUCUUGCAAAGGAAGAUUGUGGGCUCAACGUCUUCAUCCGAACACCCUGUUUUGCCAUCCCAAUGGGACAGCGCGAGAUCUCCCACGGAGAGUCCGAGAUGAUGAAGGGGUACUACGACGGCAUCUUUGAGCGUUGCUACAAGUCUGUCACUGGCUUUCCGCACAACACCUUGUUUCAAUCAGCCCUCCAAGCGCCCCCAGAGGAGAGAAAGCUCCUGUUCGAUGAGCUAUGGGCCCGUGGCGGGUACAGCUUUCUUGUCUCCAAUUACUAUGACUUCCUUCUAAAUGAAAACGCCAAUGCCAUCUUCUACGACUACUGGGUUCAGCAAGUGCGAGCUCGCAUGACAGAUCCCGAGAAGAUGGACAUGGUCGCCCCCCUGAAGCAACAUAUGCUGGUUGGAACUAAGCGGCCGAGUCUCGAGCAGGAUUACUACGAGAUGAUCGAUCGUCCGAAUGUUAAACUGCACAAUCUGAAGCAAUCGCCUAUCGUCGAGUUCGAUGCCACAGGCGUGGUCACUCGGAAUGGUGCCGGUACGAAGCAUCAGGAUCUGGAUGUAGUGAUCUGCGCAACUGGAUACGAUGCUGUUACAGGUAGCCUCUUGGACCUAGGAAUCACCGACAAACAUGGUCACUCGCUGAAGGAGAAAUGGAGCAACGGGGUUUUGACUCAUCUGGGUCUGAUGGUUCCCGACGUUCCGAAUUUCUUCAUGGUCUAUGGUCCUCAGGCGCCUACUUCGGUGGCGAACGGGCCGCCUUUUGUCGAGAUGGAGGCAGACUGGAUCUGCAAUGUCAUCUUGAAAAUGAGAAAGGGGGGCCUGGAAUCGAUUGAGCCGACACACAAGGCAGCCGAGGCGUGGCGGGACCAUGUUGUUGCCGUGAGUGAGCACACCUUGUACCCCAAGACUGACUCUUGGUAUAUGGGCUCCAACAUCCCCGGUAAGCGGCGCGAACCCUUGAUCUAUCUGGGUGGAAUGCAGAGCUGGUGGCAGAAAUGCACGGAGGCGCUGGAGAGUUGGAAGGGAUUCAAUCUGGCUUAG